CUAAACAGUGUAGUUUUGAAGUUGCACGCCAUCUGCUGCGAAUUGACUGAAUUGUUUCGGCUUUUUCAUCUUUCAUACGGAAUUCCCGCACACGCGAGGUUGGAGAUUUGAUGGGAGCAGUUAAUUUCUUUCCCUAAACACACCCUAUCAAACCUCUCAUUUUCCAAUUCUCACCGCCUAAUUAAGGAGCAACGGUUCAUGGAAAAUAGAUCGAAAGCCAGAGGGAAAUACAUUUUUUUUUUUGGCGCUCGGCCAGGAUCAACAGAGAAAGGGCGGUGGCGACGCGUAGGCGGGUCCAGGUCACGUACGCAACGAACUCUGACGGAGAGGAAGAGGGCGCUCAUCGGCUAAUUGUAGAUGAGGCAGUCAACAAUGGUAACUCCAUCGUCUCUCUACACCCGAACACCAUGGAAAACCUCCAGAUUUUCCGUGAGAGACACUAUUCUGAUUAAGAGUAUUGUGAACAUGCUAUCCAAACAUGUGUGGCCUGAUAUGGAAUUUGGCUGGAAAAUAGUGGUUGGUACAGUGAUUGGAUUCUUUGGAGCAGCCCUUGAGAGUAUAGGAGGUGUCGGUGGAGGCGCCAUUUGCGUUCCCAUGCUCUCUUUGAUUAUCGGAAAACUUCGACUGCAAUAUCUAAAUUCAGCAAAAGUGGGUCAACCUUAUGCGAGAGAAGCUGCUGGGCUUGUGGUUGAUAUGAUUCGCCAAAAGAAGAUGGCUGGGCGUGCUUUGUUAUUCGUUGUCCCACCUGUACUUGGAAAAACUGCUCUUGCUCUUGGAAUUUCGCAAGAACUCGGCAGCAAGUGGCAUCCGGCACAGUCGAAUCCAACUACAUUUAUGUGACCCACUUUGAAUCCAAGAGAUCAUGUCGUUCUCCAUUGAGGUCCAGUCGGGUUCUUUUAGGUAGGGUUGUAUCGGUUCUAGGAUCUGAUGAAUGAGAUGAAUGAGGAGUAUCAGUUGAUGUGGGUGGGAGGAUAACCGGAAGACACAAAUGGAUGGCCCUACAGGCGACGGCAGAUACACGGUUAGGGUCAAAAGGAGCUGCUGAAGUCUGUUGAUUGAGGGGAAAGAAUAAUUGUUGCGCCAGUAAAAGAUCAAUGCCAAUUUGGUUUCGAGAUUGUUUGGCCCUUAGAUUACGAAUUCUCGGAACUCAAUCGGGUUCGGAUGGCCUCAUUGCAACAUAUGUACAAUUUGCACUACGGUUUUAGAAGCCAGGUGAUUGUUUUGACUCAAUCAAUUUUUUCCUUUUUACACCUUUGGCUUAUGGCUAUGAAAAGCAAAUCAUUUAUAUGUGGCAUUGCAAAUAAAUAACAUUGUUUCUAUGUGCCAAGUAUAUUUCUCAAG